AUCCUUAUGUGAAAGUGAAUCUUUAUCAUGCUAAGAAACGGAUUUCCAAAAAGAAAACUCAUGUCAAGAAAUGCACUCCAAACGCUGUAUUUAAUGAACUCUUUGUGUUUGAUAUACCAUGCGAAGGUCUAGAAGACAUAAGUGUUGAGUUUCUUGUGAUGGAUUCAGACAGGGGCUCCAGAAAUGAGAUUAUUGGGCGGUUAAUUCUUGGAGCUUCUGCAGAUGGAACAGGUGGAGAGCACUGGAAGGAGAUCUGUGAACAUCCUCGGAGACAAAUUGCCAAAUGGCACAUGCUUUGUGAUGGUUAG